UUAACUUACAUCUACCAUUUAACCAUCUACAUUACAGAAAGCAUAUAGAGACUAUGUGGCGUCAGUGGUUUACGAAGAACAACAGCCCACUGAGAAUUUCAAAGGAUCUGCCGCGUUUGGCGUACUGUUGGCUAACGACAUGGGAGGCGUGUGGAUAGGGCACUCAGUACCUGGCUUUCCGGCUUUAACUAAGGGUAAACCGAUAUUUCCCACGCUAGAGCUACCGAAUGGGCAUAUGAUUAUGUGCCUGUCUUUAGACCUGCAGACCAUGAACUCAUUGGCUAUAGCCGUCAAGCAGACUGAGCCUUAUAUACAGAGGAUGAUCAUACCAGCAACUUUGAAGGACCGUCUUCCAGAUUGGGUGAAUUUAUUGGGUAAUGAUGAGCCCGAAGUGAAGGCGUCUAAGACUGCUGUGAGGAAAACGAAAAUAUUGCCAUUUAUGACGAAAGGGAAAAGUUUGCGUGGAAUAGUGCUGGCUCGGAGCCCCGGCGAUUCUCGCUGCCUCUACAAGAGUUUCGCGAAGACUAAAGGAAUUGUCAUGGACGUGUACGGCCACAGGGAACAUCAGAAUGCAAUUUGUGAUAAAACGUACAGCUUACGCAAUAUCGACGCUAUAUCCCUAAAGUAUCCGGAGCACGUUUUCUACAUAGACAAUGCCACAGACAGCAUGGGUUUCGCCGUCAGCACGGUUGGGGUGUGGCAGAGACCUGGCCGUAGUAGAGGUCAGCAUUGGGCUUGCACCGGCAACGUUGAGAACCAACCACUUAGCUCCAAAGGAGGCAUUAUUGCUUGCGUCUUCAAUUUCCAAGUGUGGCUCUCUUUUGAUAAUUUUAAAGUAAAAGAACCUGAAUGUGGAUAGCAGGUAUAUCGUUUAUAAUGAUUUUUUUCUUUAUAAAUUAUGAUCCUGACGAAAUUACAGUGUUACUUCAUUCUAAUUUUAUGUGUAUGUAGGUGAUGUAAAUGAAAUA